GGAGCGCCGUCUCCACGUCAGUUGGCUGUGAAUGAAACUCCGAGCAGAACUUGGACUCAACUCCUGCUGUAACUUCGCCCCGAGUUCUCCCGCAGCCAUGGAGCGGUCCCACCUCGCCGUCCUGCUCCUGCUCGCCCUGGUCCGACCCUCUCUACAGACCAACGAAGUUGUCCUCCUGGACUUUGCCUCAGCCCACGGAGAACUCGGCUGGCUCACCAACCCGUACAACAGCGCGUGGGACAUCCUUCAGAUGGUGUGGAACGACACACUGAUCUACGCGUACAGCGUGUGUAACGUGGUGGAGGGCGACCAGGAUAACUGGCUGCGGACUAACUGGAUCUACCGCGGGGAGGCCCAGCGCAUCUUCAUCGAGCUCAAGUUCAACGUGCGAGACUGUAACACCUUCCCCGACAUCGCCACCACCUGCAAGGAGACCUUCAACCUCUUCUACGCCGAGUCCGACUUCGAUUACGGCACGAUAUUCCGGAAGAACCAGUUCACCAAAAUCGACACCAUCGCCCCGGACGAGAUCACGAGGCAGGAGGAUCUGGACGGUCGGGUGGUGAGGGUGAACAUGGAGGUGCGUUCGGUCGGGUCGCUCAAGAAGAAGGGGUUCUACCUGGCGUUCCAGGACGUGGGGGCGUGCGUGGGCAUCAUGUCCGUGCGGGCCUACUACAAGAAGUGCCCGACCCUGGAGCGCGGCAUGGCGCUCUUCCCCGAGACCACGGCCGGAGCCGACUCCCAGGCGCUGUCCGAAGUCAUCGGCACUUGCCUGGACCACGCGGUGGCCCUUCAGGAGCCCCCGAAGAUGCACUGCAACACCGACGGCAAGUGGCUGGUCCCCGUGGGCCAGUGUGUGUGCGUGGCGGGAUACGAGAUCGUGGGCAGCAAGUGCGCAGGUAAGCCUGGCCGCUGGAAUCGCCAUUAACAUGGUCUUCAUUGU